AUGUUGAAGAACUUUUUGGGCCGAAGGAAGACGGUGCCCAAGACGCCUCCGCCCGAGCGAAAGUCGUCGGAUAGUCCCAAGGAGAACGAAGCGCAACCGGUCGAGGGUGGUGUUGUCAAGGAGGAAUGGACGAUUAACUACGACGACUUGGAGUUUGCCGAGGAAAUUGGAAGCGGAGCGUUCGGUACGGUGUUCAGGGGCGACUACUACGGCACGGUGGUGGCCAUCAAGAGGCUCAACGCCGCCAACAACCUGCAGCAGGAGCACCUCAACAAAUACAUCCAACGCGAAGUGGCCCUCCUCAAGGGCAUCCACCACCCCAACAUCGUCCAGUUCAUGGGCCUCUGCAAGCACGAAUCGGGCACCUACCUCGUCACCGAGUUCGUCGCUGGGGGCAACCUGAAGGACUUCCUCGAGCGGAACGACCCGCCGUGGAAGAUGCGCGUGGUGAUGGCCAUGGACAUCGCCGUCGCCCUCAACUUUAUGCACAAGAAGGGCCUCGUCUACCGAGACAUCAAGCCCGAGAACCUGCUGCUCACAGAGAACGGUCGCAUCAAAGUCUGCGAUCUGGGUCUCGCGCGUACGCAGAACAAGAUGAACUACAUGACCAUCGCCGGUUCGGACGACUACAUGGCGCCCGAGGUCCUCCUCGGUGAGAAGUACGACGAAAAGUGCGACGUGUUCGGCUUUGGCGUACUGCUCGGAGUGAUCGUGGCCCGCAAGAAGAUGCCCAUGCGCAAGGAGAAGACCCACUACGCCUUCGACCUGAGGGCGGUCGAGAAGCUCAUCCCCCCUGGCUGCCCGCCCCGGCUGAAGCAGCUGGUGAUCGAUUGCUGCAAGUCGAACCCCAACGACCGACCGGACUUUAAGGAGGCGCUGAACAUCAUCAGGGACAUCCAGAAGGAGGUCGACCUUGAGGACAGCCGCGGCGAUAGAGGAAGAUCCGCGUCGGUCACUCAGUACAACCCCUACGAUCGUGCCGGCGAAAGAGACCGAGCCUACACGGUGUCGUAUGGCGCCGGAUACGAGCAGCCGCCUCUCCCUCCCAGUGUGGUGAAGGACGAUAGCGGCUACGAGUACCAAAGCCAGGGCAGCGACGCGUCAUCCGGCCAGGCGUCCAGCGACAACUACGCCUUCUUCAAGUACCGAAAGAUGGCCUCUUUCUCUCUUUCUCCCUUCUAUCUCUCCCUCUCCAAUCUCUUUUCUUUCUUUUCUUUCUUUUUUCCCCUCUUUUUCUCACACAUGCCUCUACCCCUCUUGUGUUCCUACUUCCACUCCACCUUCUCUCUUUCUCUCUUUUCCUCUUCUUUCAACUCUCAAUAUUGUAUCCCUGGCCUCGCCCUGGUCCCUCUCGCCCUCGGUCUCUCUCCCCGUCUCUCUGUCGCCCGCACUCUCCUGCUUCUCCAUUUCCCCUGCAGUGUGAAUGGCUGGACGCCACAACACAACGGUCGAGGCCAUGCGCGUCGAGGCCACGAGACCGACCCGUCGUCGUUCACCACCUCCGGCGUUUCGACGACAUACGACGAUGGCGACGACGGCCACAGUGUACAGAACGCGAGGAGGAGGAGGGCCGAAGAGAGAAGCGACAGCGACAGCGGGGAAGAGCGGGAGGAGGACAGCGACGACGACGACGACGAGGGGGUGCUGGUGGAAAGCGAAGCGAGCAGCCACUAUCACAACGCCCACACCAACAUGAACGCUAACACCACCGAGAGUGAGAGCAGCCGAGUGAACGAUGGUGCCGGCAGCGACGACGACGAAGUGCGACCGCUGGACGAAAUGCAACGAAGCGAGGAGAAGAUGAUGACGCGUCGCAAGGAGACACGGGACCAAAAGAACGAAGAGCGACACCGCCAAAGAACGACAACAGCGCCCGCACCGCCCGCCCGACAGUGGUCCGCCACCGCCGAUUUUGACUCCGACCGCUCCGAAUCGGACUUGGAAUCGUCGUGCUCAUCGUCCAACUCGCCGCCCCUUCCUUCUCGCUCGCCCACCCCCUCCCCGUCGCCGCUCAACGCUCCCUCUUUCCCUCCGCCCGGCUUCCGCCACCACACGGACGACAAGACGUCGAAGAGAAGAACCUGA